AGAUAAGGAAGGGCAUCCAUUUUUGUACUCUGCAUAUACCUUAAUAAAUAGCACAGAUCCAUCGAAGAUGGUUAUCAAACAACCUUUCUCAUCUUCUUCAAUUCCUCCUUAAUUACAGUAAUCCCACGCCCACCUACCUUCACUCACUCGCUGCGCGCGCGCAGUUGGAAUAUAAUGGCAGCUUCCACCACGAUGGCUCUCUCUUCUCCUUCCUACGCCGCCGCCGCCGCCGCCGCCGGAAAGGCGGGCAGGUCCCGGGUGGCCCCUAAGAUCACUAUGAGGAGAACCACUUCAUCAAAGUCCGGCUUCCGAUCCUCAGUUCCAUCGGGCAGCCCGUGGUACGGCCCCGACCGCGUCAAGUACUUGGGCCCGUUCUCCGGGGAGGCGCCGAGCUACCUGAACGGCGAGUUCCCGGGCGACUACGGAUGGGACACCGCAGGCCUGUCCGCGGACCCGGAGACAUUCGCGAGGAACCGCGAGCUGGAGGUGAUCCACAGCAGGUGGGCGAUGCUGGGCGCGCUGGGCUGCAUCUUCCCGGAGCUGCUGGCCAGGAACGGGGUGAAGUUCGGGGAGGCGGUGUGGUUCAAGGCCGGAGCCCAGAUCUUCAGCGAAGGAGGUCUGGAUUACUUGGGGAACCCGAGUCUGAUCCACGCGCAGAGCAUCUUGGCCAUCUGGGCUUGCCAGGUCAUCCUGAUGGGAGCCGUGGAAGGCUACCGCGUUGCGGGAGGCCCGCUGGGAGAGGUCACCGACCCGCUGUACCCGGGCGGAAGCUUCGACCCGCUGGGUCUGGCUGACGACCCAGAGGCCUUCGCGGAGCUGAAAGUGAAGGAGAUCAAGAACGGGAGGCUGGCCAUGUUCUCCAUGUUCGGCUUCUUCGUCCAGGCCAUUGUGACUGGAAAGGGGCCGCUGGAGAACCUGGCCGACCACCUCGCCGACCCUGUUAACAACAACGCCUGGGCAUUUGCCACUAACUUUGCUCCCGGAAAGUGAGUGAAUUCAUCGCUAGAAGAUCGAUGUGUUUAAUUUGCUGUUAUGAUGACAUUAAUUGGCUCUGUUUGUAAUGUCAUAUUUAUCCCUGCAAUCUGUCUGUCGUCUAUUUGUCUGCUGCAUAUACUUAAUUAUCAAUUAUCUAAGAAUCACAAACAGUUUGUUGCGCAUGUAUUUAUUCAUCUUCUCUCCAUCCCCCGACUUCUCAUCUUUAUUUAUUGCCUUCUAACGUACAACCAGCCCAGCCCAGCCCGUCUAUGAUCAAUACCAUAGCAGCUGCUCUGUUCUUUACAUAUCCGGGUAUAAGAAGCGCAAGAAAAAGGAUAUAGACCGUGGAUGUUAACUUUCUUGUUUAUCAGUCUGGUUUAUUCUUGUCUCUCUCCAUUUACCAGGCAAUUGGUGUAGGGUCCGAUCAUAGACAUGGAUGGGGGCAAGACCGCCUGGUUCCAUGGUUGCACAUUUAUUUAUUUUUAUUUAUAAGUCUGGUUUAUUCUAGCAAAGGUCCACGCAUGUCUAUUUUAGGAUUGUAUAUGCUCCAUUUAAGUCUGACCUAUUACGAAACAAGUGUGGCUCAUUUUGAAGUAUGGCUUUGUGGGAUAAAUAGUAUGGUCAUGCACAGAAGAGGAGUGAAAGGGGAAGGCCGGAAUACACUUAAGUGGAGGGUCAUACUCGUGCAGACACUCGUGUAUUUUUCUCGAUUUGUUAGUGUUUAGGUUAUUUGUCACCAUUAAGUGAUUACCCAUGGUUGUCAAAAAAAGUGAUUAGCGUCCCUUUUUUAUCAAUAUUACUAAAGUAGAUUCAAAAGAUGACAUGUUUCGAUUUUUUUCAAAAAUAUGACUUACCAUGUACUAUGUAUAUCACUUUUGAUCUUAUUUAAUUGUUCAUUUAUUA